AUGCCUGCAGAAGAAAAAGCCAGAUAUAAUCAGUUGGCAGCAGAAGAAGAAAGUACAAAUCUUACAGAGCUGCAGAAAACUAAUAAAAUAAGCAAUAUUUUUACAAAACUACGCAAUAAUACGAGUUCUAAAAGUAAAGAGGCUAGCGACGCUAUCGAGAGAAGGAAAAAGGAAAAACACUGCAGGAAAAGAGGAAGGCUUGCAUCGGCUGACAAAAAGGAGAAACAAAGCGAUAUCCAGUGCAGGAAAAGAGCAAGGGUAACGUCAGCUGACGAAAAAAACAAACAAAGCGAUAUCCAGAGUUCUGAAAAUGCGAGCGAUGCUAAAAUAAAGUCCAGCAAGACAAAGAAAGCCGUUCGUUUUGAGAACAUAUUCCACAAUGAACAAAAAGACGAAAAGGAAAACGAAUGCAGUACUAGUAGUGAGGGUACUCUUUUGAAAAAUAGCGAAAAAACCACAGAUGGGAUAGUGAGUUUAAGAAGGGAUAACAAGAAGGUUGGAGCGGGCAAAGUCAUGAAAAAUUUCAAGAUGGUCCACAACUAUACGUUAACGAAUGGCUGGGUAGCCGUGUCAAUUAUCUCACUAUGCCGAGAUGACGUGCGGUGCUGGGCAGAGUAUCCAACUCAUUCGGGCAAAAUUGAGGUGAAUAGCUUCAGCGCAUGGCCCGUAGAUCAAAUUGUGGAUGAAAACGAUGAUGAGGAAAACAUAAAUGGCAUUGAUGGUAACGACGAUGUGAAAGGUCGAGAAUCUGAGGCAUCUUUCCAACCUGCAAAACCAAUUGUUUCUACUUCAGCUGGUCAAAUUGUGGAUGAAAACGAUGAUGAGGAAAACAUAAAUGGCAUUGAUGGUAACGACGAUGUGAAAGGUCGAGAAUCUGAGGCAUCUUUCCAACCUGCAAAACCAAUUGUUUCUACUCCAGCUGGUCAAAUUGUGGAUGAAAACGAUGAUGAGGAAAACUUACAUGGCACUGAUGGUAACGACGAUGUGAAAGGUCGAGAAUCUGAGGCAUCUUUCCAACUGGCAAAACAAAUUGCUUCUACUUCAGCUGUGUACAUCAAUUUAGCACCUGAAGGUGCCCGGGUUUAUGAUAAAACUCACUCUUGCUUUUUCUGCGAAAAAGAAUACGCGAAGAUUGCGCGGCAUCUGCAACAAGUGCAUGGGGAAGAGAAAGAAGUGAAGGACGCUCUUCAGCAUCCCGCAAACCAUGAAAAGAGAAAAAAACAGUUUGAAAAACUCUGUAGAAUGGGCAAUUUUAACCAUAAUAUGCGGGUGCUGGAGUUGAAGAAAGGAGAGUUAAAAGUGGUUAGAAGACCAACGGCCAACGAUGAGGGAUCAGGUAACCCUGAAAAUUAUCUACCUUGCAAAUAUUGCCAUGGGUUUUUUCUUGGGGAUGAGCUUUGGUGACACGCCCCAAAAUGCCCGUUUAGGAAAGAA